AUUGAGCUUGCCAGUCUGUCAGUGCAGUCAGUGAGUGCAGAAACUAACCAAGCAAUGCCAAAAUAAAUUAAUGAUGGCCGCGUUGUCGUCGCCUCUCCGCGUUUGCCGUGGGAUAUUGAGAGAAAUACGCACGUUAAAAGGACCAACGUACAAACAGUCGAUGGCAUAUAAUUAUGUUAUAGAUCAGUUCCGGAAAAACGACGUCACAGGAGAGAGGCACUGCCGGGCCCAACAGGAGGCCCUACACGCCUCCCAGACCUACCUGUGCAUGCUGGCCUCCACCAGGAACCACAUGGUCCUCCACCAGCUCUACCACGGCAAGGGCCAGCGUGGCACCGAGGAGAUGGCAGGGAUCGUGGGGCUACGGCUGCCCACUCAGCCCGGGGGCAAGGGCUGGGAGAAGUGAGGAGAAGGGAUGGGAGACUCACAGAGACCCAGGGAAAGGGUUGAAAAGGACCAGACCCUUCUCCCUAAUCCCUCCACCCCUCAUACUGAUCCUGAUAGUAGAUGAAAGCUGUCAUGGACAAGGAAGGAUUGUGACGUGCGGGAGGGAAAGGGAGAAUGAAAGCUAUUAGGAGCCGUGUUAUUGGGUAAGCUAUAAAGAGCCGUGGUGUUAGAUUUACGAAUUUCUCCUACACUUAUUGUUUCUGCCUUUGUAGUACUGGAAGAAACUGUAACAAUGACAAUAUGUACAUAUUUAUUUUUUGUGUUCAACCUUGCUCAAUAAAGUUUCAUUCAUGGUUCC